AUGUCCGGGAAGGCCCUUCCAACCCUCACCGAAUGGUCUAAACAGCACAUCAGCGCCGUCUUCGAAUCUCGCAAUGACGCGGAAUCGCUGCGAGCUGUGGAGGAGACGUUCUCACCCGAUGUUAGAGUCCUGCUGAACGGUACGCCCGUUAAUCGCGAAGGAGUCAAGCAACUCGUGGUGGCCAUGCGCCGGGCCGCACCUGCUGGACUCAAGGUGGAUUGGCAGGUCACUGUGGACGUACCCAAAGACCCAAGCAACAGGAAUGGCGCGUUCGGAGGUGUUUAUGUUGUUCGGGGGCAAAGGAAGGAGCUGCCUGGAACGAAGGGGGUGGUGGACAUUGAACGUCACAAGUCCGUGAAUGUCGUGAUUCAAUCGCAGUCAGAGGACCCGAGUACGGAUAGUCGCAAGAUCGUGAACCUGGUUUUCGUCGCAGCAGACUUGCCGACGAGGGCGAAGCUCUGA